AUGGGCAGUACCGAUCUCACGAACUUGAUCAAUGCUCACGACAGCAUGACCACCUUUCCGGACUUGAACAAGAGGUUGCGACAAAUAGCGGCGGUCCCGAACAUGGUGGUCGUCUUCACCAACAACAACCAUUCAAUGGUCUCCAACGCGAUUCUUCGCUCCAAAAACCUUGCAAUACACGCAGGCAGUAUCCGGGAUAUCAUCUCUAUCGAUAAGAUUGGUCAAUUCAAGCCCCCACCGGCGGUCUACCAUUAUUUGGCGGACAGGAUUGGAAAAUCUAAUGCAUUGAAAGACAUUUUGUUGGUCAGCGGAAAUGCUUUCGAUGUCACAGGAGCUUUGAGCGUAGGCAUGAACGCUGUCUUUGUUGACCGCGAGAACUGCGGUUGGAAAGACAGAGCAGUGCCUGAAUUAGAGCUAAAGGCCGUAGUGAGCAACCUUGGCCAGGUCGCAGACUUUGGGAUAUAUUACUUUGCGUCGCAUCGAUUUCUAUGGCCGCUGUUUCGGGCACGUUUGAUACCUAUCGUCCUGCUUUCCGCAUUCAUCUACUUCAUCCUCUUUCUUUUCACAUAUCUGCCACAAGUUGCCUUUCUCGCGAUCUUCCAAGGCGCUGGUGCUUGGGUCAAUGGUGCAUUUCUCGUUCUUGGAGAAGGAGCGGCCAUUGUAGCAAUACUGUUUGAGGCAUUUUUUGUGGACGAGACCUUGGUGGAUAUCUUUGAUGCUGUCCUUGUCAACGAGGGUCAUGGCGAGCUCGUCACUACUUCUAGGGUCCUGUAUCCCCAGGGCGAUGACGUUGUCAAGCGGCUGGGUAAACCGACCCACAGCGCGGUGUAUUCGCCAUUUUCUCUGCGGCAGAUCAUCGAGUUCAUAGUCUUGUUGCCCUUGAACUUCAUCCCCGUCGCAGGCACCCCGAUGUUCUUGUUGUUGACCGGUUAUCGCGCGGGGCCAUUUCACCACUGGCGGUAUUUUCAGAUGCUGGAUCUGUCCAAGAAACAAAGGAAGGAAAGGAUUCGUCGACGGCAGCUUCAAUACACUACACGUCGUGGUCCUCCGAAUCGUCAUGCAGAGGCGUUGAAGAAACAGAGACUAGGGGCUUCACCUGGUACUCCUACUACUGCAACCUCUCCCAGUCCGUCAGAUAUCUCUCCGACGAUUCCACCAAUACCCGCGGUUAACCAGAAUUCCGCAUCCACUUCGAUUCCAUCUUCGGCAGAAUCCAUCUGCCCUUUGCCCACAGUGCGGCUGUUGGUCGAUGAUUUCUUCACGUAUAUCCAUCCAUUGGUCCCCAUCCCUCAUGAGCCCUCGUUCCGCGCCGCCUUUGAGCGACGGGAGGACGCCACCAAUUCCACGUUUCUGGCCCUCCUGGCCUCGAUGAUCGGGAGCCUGGUGGCAUCCUUCCCAAGGAGACCAAAGCUCCAUCUCCAGACCGAGGCGGAGAAAGCGGCUUUUCCCCACUCCCUUGCCUUGGUCAAGCGAUGUCAUGAUGUUGCUGUGCAAGCUCGCGGUUCCGGGUACCUCGAUCGGAGCGCCACAGUCUAUGACGCUGCCACCAGCUACUUCCUGGGUCUCUGCUCCGGUUAUGUCUACAACAUCCGGCGAUGUCGGAUUUACCUUGCCGAGUGCCGGACGAUGUUGCAUGUGUACGAUCUCUGCCGCCAGUCGACGCUGCUGUCGUCCUUGGGUCCAACAAGCCCGAAUUCUUCUUCGUCGAUCAUGUCACAGGAUGCGCUCGGUGGUCCCGCUGAGCGCCCAGUGGACCUGGUCGAGCAGGAGCUCGCGCGGCGACUGUUCUAUGUGACGCUAGUCGGCUACCGAUCAAUUCAGCAGAUGGGCUCCACUGACACUCCGAUCUAUCUUCCUCCAGAGACGCCGACGGACCGCUACCCACCGUUACCCCUUGAAGUGGACGACGAGUUCAUUUUCAGGACGCAUGUCGAACCUCAGCCAGCCAACCGAGUUUCGCAGCUGGUGGGCUUCAACGCCAACGUCCGGGUCUACAGCUCGUACAACUCACUGUCCGCUUGGGAGAUUGCGUUCGGCAGCGGUCAAAUCUUUGAUUGGGAGCGGCAACGGUCUCUACUAUUCGAAUGUUUGCAGAAUUCCAAAGCGGCUUUGGCCAAUGUGCCACCGGAGCUAUCGCUCCACCUUCACCGGGCCGAUCCCGCGGAUGCGGCUGAGGAUCCCUGGAUGCGCAAGCGUCGCCAUAUCCAGUACGAGAUCCAGAAGGCCAAUAUCUACGCGAGCCAACUGGCCACCAGAUCCUACUUGGUGGAGAAGUACUGGAAUCUCUACGGCGCCUGGAAGAUGUAUCACCGAUCCUCCGAGCAGGGAGGACCCGGAACUCCCGUGAAAGUGGAAGGCGAUGCGCAUAUGGGGAUUGACGAUGCCGCCCAGAACGACUACAUUGGAAAGACCAUGGCAGAAGAGCGCCGGCUCGUCGUUCGAGAUUUGUUUGUAUUGCUACAGUCGGUCAAUGAGGUCAAUAUGGAGCCCAACGGUGCCAGCUUUACCGCUAAGGUCCGCCAAGUCGCGUCAACCCUGCUCAACCUCCCUCACUCCCGGACCGAGACAACCGCCUUUACACCCUCCACCCCGGGUCCCAACCCCAUCACCCUCGCCGAGGCAGAAUCCUACCUGCACGCCUUCAUCGACACCCUCAUCCGGCUGGAGGGACUCGCGGCGCCCACCCCGGGCACGGUCGGGACAAGUCCCGACGGCAACGGCCGCAGAAUGAGUUAUUUGAGCGACCGGGCCCGGGACGACGAGGAGCUGCGCCAGUGGGCGAGUCUGAAGGACUACCAGGCGAAAUUCGCCGAGGCGGGCGGCAUGCUUUCCGAGCUUUGA